GAAACCAAAAUCAAAAUCUAGAAAACAAACCAGUCGAUCAAGCCAAACACGAAAAAUAAACAGAAAUGAAAUUCAUGCAAAAUUCAAAUAAAAUCAGGCACUUUCCCCCAAAAUCCAGCUAAAACCAAGAAAUCCCCAUUCAUCGUCCACCACCAAUCCUAUCAUAAUGUUAAGCCUUAAGCAGACAACGAUAAUGGCGGCCACUUUCCAUGUCCACAACCCCUUCUACUCUCCCCGCAGAAACGUCCACAAUUGGCUGCGUUCCAUUUCCCCCACCGCCGGCCGCCGCAAUCGCGCACCGCCGCCGGUUCUGCAGGGCGGAGGAGGAGAGAGAGAUUCAGUGAAUUAUGGAGGUGGAUGGUGGAUUUUAGCACCACGCGCAAGCCUCGUGCAAGAUAAGGGCCCUCCUAAAUUUUUAGGGUUUCGUAGCGGAUAUAAAUGUUUCUUGUUGGGGUUUAAAAGGUCCAAUUCGAGCGAGAAAAGAGGAGGAGUUUUCGGGUCAGGGUCAGGGUCAGGUUCUGCUUCUCCUCCCUCUGCCGGGUCUGAAAUUGUGGCUGAUAUGGGUUCGGAGAGCAAGGACCAUAAUAAUGGCUGGUACGAAGAAAACGACUUUCGCAGCGACAUUCAAUCGCCGUUAAUGCACCAACACGAACCACAACGCUCCAAAUUGCUCACGUUGCCCACCAUUCUGACGCUUGCCCGAGUGGCCGCCGUCCCGAUAUUUGUCUGCACCUUCUAUGUUGAUAAUUGGUGGGGAACGACUGCAACAACCAGUAUAUUUAUUGCUGCAGCAGUUACGGACUGGCUAGAUGGUUAUAUUGCUCGUAAGAUGAGGUUGGGUUCUGCUUUUGGUGCGUUUCUUGAUCCAGUAGCAGAUAAGCUUAUGGUUGCUGCGACACUGAUCUUACUAUGUACACAACCCUUGGAGGUUUCUGUGUUUGGUCGUGUUCCAUGGCUUCUGACUUUACCUUCAAUAGCAAUUAUUGGCAGGGAGAUAACCAUGUCUGCAGUUAGAGAAUGGGCUGCUUCCCAGAAUAGUAAGCUUUUAGAGGCUGUGGCUGUAAAUAACUUGGGGAAGUGGAAAACAGCGACACAGAUGGUUGCGCUGACCACCCUUCUGGCUAGCCGAGACAGCAGUCUUGGAGGAUCUGGAAUUGUAGUAGCGACCGGUGUGGUCUUGUUGUACAUAUCAGCUUGGCUUGCCGUGUGGUCACUAUUUGUUUAUUCCCGCAAGAUCUCGAAAGUUUUACUUCGCUAGAAUAGCCCGACCCAACCUUUCAAUUUGCUUUGUUUUGUUUGACCACACAUGGAACAGCUAAGGUCAUCUUAUGGCCAAAAUUACCCGAUUGCUCCGUUGGUAGGUAAUGGCCAAAAUUUAGAGAUUGCUGAAGCCAUUAUCCCCAGUGACUUACUUGCAAUCUGUGGAGGUUCUAUAGACAGCAGCCAUGGAUGCAGACCUGCAGAAGCUGGAAAUAAAUUUGGAAUGAGGUCUGUUUUGGCAAUUUGGAAGAAGAUGUAAUUAUAAAUUUUACUAACUACUUGAAAAAAGAAACUAUAAUGUUGCACUUUGUCUCAUGCUCAUUGAUAUUCAAAUUCAACCACUUAUGUCUUCUUGUCAAUAUGCUGAGAUAGACCUGAGGCAUUUUCCAGGGGUACUGAGUUUUCAUUUUUGUAGAUAAAUCUCAUUUUUACCAUUUUUUUAGAUGGAAUUUGUUGGAACUACAAUGUUGUAGUAGAACAGCAGACUCGACGUAUCGAGAUCUCUCGAUUGAAGUGAUAUUUAAUUUUAUUUUUGCUUGGAAGACAAUCUGAUUGAAUUGAAGGUUAAUAUGUUCCCAUAA